AUGACCAAGCACGCCAGGAAGACAAGCGAAGCUCUUGCAGAUUCCUCACUGUUAGACAAGAUCGACAAGCUCUUCGCCUGCAAUGUCGGAGAGUACAUCGACCUUCCUCAGCUCGUUGUUAUUGGAGAUCAAUCCAGCGGGAAGAGCUCCGUACUAGAGGGGCUUACAUCAUUUACAUUUCCACGGGACAGUGGCCUUUGUACGAGGCACGCCACGCAGAUCAUCUUCCGCCGGACCAAUGAUGGCGAAAGGAGGAUUACAGCAUCCAUCAUUCCAGGACUGAAUGAGCGUGAGGAGCGAGCAGCACAAUUGAGAGAAUGGGUCGCGGAAGAUAUACAUAAUCUUACACCAAAUUUCCUUUCUGAGUUAAUGGCGGAUGUCCAUGCCCUACUGGGGCUCUCUACAACCGAAGGUGUUGGUCUACCGACGUUCUCGGACAGCGUCUUGAGAUUGCAGAUCUCCGGUCCCGAUGAAGAUCACCUAAGUGUUAUCGAUGUUCCGGGUAUUUUUCGAAACACGACACCCGGGCUAACGACAAAAGAGGACAAGGAAAUGGUCCGGGAGAUGGUGGAAUCUUACAUGAAAAACCCUCGCUCUAUCAUGCUCACUGUUGUGCCUGCAAAUGUUGACAUCGCUACGCAGGAAAUCAUUGAAAUGGCUCGCGAGCAGGAUCCCCAUGGCGAGAGAACGAUUGGAGUCAUCACCAAACCGGAUCUAGUCGACAAAGGCGCCGAGUCUAAGGUCAUUGAUAUCCUGGAGGGUAGAACUAUGCCGAUGAAAUUGGGAUGGAUCCUUGUGCGAAAUCCAGGCCAACGCGAUCUCCAGGAAAAGGACAAAUCCCGGAGUGUCUUAGAGGGAGACACCCUGAGGCAGCAUCCAUGGUGUACAGUGGGGUCAGACAAACUAGGCAUUCGAACAUUGCGGGCUCGUCUGCAGGAGACCGUGACGACAAAUGCACGCAACGCCUUUCCAUUGGUAAGAUUGGAGAUUGGGAAGAAGCUGAAAGACUGCCAAGACAAACUACACAUCCUUGGGGUGGAGCGCACAACACCUGAACAACAACGGAGUUACCUCGUCGAUGUCAUGUCAUCAUUCCAAACCAUCGUGUCGCACGCGCUGAAUUCGAACUACGGCGCAGAUGAUGCAUUUGAAGAUGAUGAGAUCUUAAGGUUGGCUACAAGGGUGGUGAACAGAAAUGACAUCUUUUCUAAUGACGUUGCACAAUGGGGACAUCAGCAUCAUUUCGGAUUAGGCGCCUCGGAAGAAGACCAGACGUCUUUUGACGGAGAUCUCCUAACGAGAAAGGUCGACACUGUGGGAGACCUGGAGGGUAUUGUCGAUGAGCCUAUCUCAGUAAGCUUCCCUCUCCGCGGGGGUAUUCACUCAUGGAUAGAGGAGCUGUAUAGGGCCUCGCGGGGGUUCGAAAUCGGGACCUUCAACGGUACCCUUCUGUCGACGAUGAUGAAAAGCCAGUCAACAAAAUGGGUGGCGCUCGCCAAGGGAUAUAUAAGCGACAUAAUAAUCAUGGUUCACGAGUUUAUCGCCCGCGCAUUGAACCGAGCUUGCCCUGAUGCUCGAUUGUGUCACAAUGUUCAAUUAUUUCUGAUGGACAGGCUGCUGGAAACGUACCAGAAAGGGAUCGCCAAGGUUGACUUCUUGCUUUUUGUGGAGCGUACGGGAACGCCGACGACUCUGAACCAUUAUUUGAACGAUACACUCGAUAAAUGUCGCCAAAGACGCGCAGCUUCGGCAAUAGAGGGAAAGGCAUUCGACGACUGUUCUCAUGGGAGGGUGGUACGUGUGGAAGACCUGCACUACCAGCGACAUUUGAGCAAUUUCGAGCACACUAUUCAAGCCCUCCACGAUAUUCUUCAAUCGUACUACAAAGUCGCCCGAAAGCGCUUUGUGGACAAUAUAUGUAUGCAAGCAGCAGGGUAUCAUCUGAUAAGCGGCCCUGACACACCUAUGAAAUUAUUCUCACCCACUCUUGUGAGUGAGCUUUCCGUGGAACAAUUGAAAGAGAUUGCUGGCGAGGAACCGAGACAGCAAAGGAUUCGGCAGCAGUUGGAAAAGGAAAUCCGAGGUUUGCAAACUGCAAAGAUGAUUCUACGGUGA